UUGAGUGGGGACAGGACCGUGUCAGGCUCUGACAUGUGUGCAAGAAUAAUAAGAUCUGGAAACCCUAAUUCACAAUUUCUCUUUCAUUUUCUCUGAGUUUGAAGCUUCAAGUGCUAAAAUCUAGGGAUUUGCGGGUGGAGAAGACGAGAGCCCAUCUCUCUGCUUCAAAGCUCCUGUCCAGGUAGAAUUCUCUUCUUCCCUUGCGUUGUGUUCUUUGCUGUUCAAUCGCCAUGGCUUCAAAGCGGAUUUUGAAAGAACUCAAGGAUUUGCAGAAAGAUCCACCCACUUCUUGCAGUGCUGGUCCAGUAGCUGAAGACAUGUUUCAUUGGCAAGCAACAAUCAUGGGACCCUCAGAUAGCCCUUAUGCUGGAGGUGUGUUUUUAGUUACCAUCCAUUUCCCUCCAGAUUAUCCUUUCAAGCCUCCUAAGGUCGCGUUUAGGACCAAGGUCUUCCAUCCUAACAUCAACAGCAAUGGAAGCAUUUGUCUUGAUAUCCUCAAAGAACAAUGGAGCCCUGCACUAACCAUUUCCAAGGUUCUGCUCUCAAUCUGCUCGUUGCUGACCGAUCCAAACCCUGAUGACCCUCUUGUUCCGGAGAUUGCUCACAUGUAUAAGACUGAUCGGGCCAAGUAUGAAGCCACUGCUCGUAGCUGGACCCAGAAGUAUGCCAUGGGAUGACAGUUGCUGGUGUGUAAUAUGUAUCGGCUUUCUUAUGUUGCCGACUGUGUCGAACCAUUUUAUGUUUUCUUUUGGGGAAGGGAGGGGGUGUUUUUUCUUAAAGGAAUUUGUCAUUGUGCUUUGGAUAUGGGAAGAUAUGGACAUUCUUUUUAUUUAUUCCGCGCUUUAUAACUUGUGUGAAACCCUUGUUUCGUUAUCGAAGUCGCUGUGAAACCCUUUGUUUCGUUCAAUGUAACAAAAGUCUUUGGUUCUA